CUAUAUAACGUCAUGGGCUAGUUCAUACAAACAAAGACAUGAGAGAAAUUAAAUUUCCAAAUAAAUAGGAAAUAGAGAAUUAUGUAGUUGGUUUUCAAAUACAAAAGUUUUCGACGAUUGGAUACUUUAAAACGCGACUUUUACGUGAAGGAUAACAUUGAGAAUAGUCCACGUUGCAGAUAAAUCAAAAUUGUGCCGCUCGAUCUUGAAAAAAAAUAUAAAUAUUUAUAUAUAUAUUCGGUGCGCGGACACCAUAGUUGCUAGGGAGUGCAGUGUCCUGUUUAAAAUCUAAACCAAAGCGGAUUGAUACACAAUUUGAAGCGGCAAAGGGCGCGUAGGACUACAAAAUUUGAUUAUCAUAUUUUCAAAGUCGUUGUUAGGUACAGUAGAUAGUACGAUCAAAUCAACAUAUCAAAAUGGCAGAUCAACUGACAGAGGAACAAAUUGCUGAGUUCAAAGAAGCCUUCUCGCUGUUCGAUAAAGAUGGAGAUGGCACCAUCACCACCAAAGAGCUGGGCACAGUGAUGCGCUCGCUGGGACAGAACCCCACAGAGGCCGAGCUGCAGGACAUGAUAAAUGAGGUGGAUGCUGAUGGAAAUGGAACCAUUGACUUCCCUGAGUUCCUGACCAUGAUGGCGAGGAAGAUGAAGGACACUGACAGUGAGGAGGAAAUCAGAGAAGCUUUCAGAGUCUUUGACAAGGACGGUAACGGCUAUAUCAGUGCUGCAGAGCUGCGUCACGUUAUGACAAACCUCGGUGAGAAACUGACAGAUGAGGAGGUGGAUGAGAUGAUCCGGGAGGCUGAUAUCGAUGGAGAUGGACAGGUCAACUACGAAGAAUUUGUGCAGAUGAUGACGGCAAAAUAAUACCAUAAACCCAAAAGAACCCUUCACCACAAGAUCAAACAGUGGGCAACACACUCACUGUCAACACUCGACUGUCCUUUUUCUUUUUUUGCUUUGCAUUUGGUUGCUUUCCCCCUUUGUCCAUUUCGCUUGAUUCAGACUCAUCUGCAUAAUCUGUUUUCUUUCAUUGUUCCUCUCUUAUGCUCUUUUCUUUGACAUUUUCUGUUUUCUCUCAAGUAAAAUAUUUAUUUACAUAUACUAAAAUUGUCGAAACAAACGUGAACAAUUUCAAGCUAAAAUAUAUACGGGAAGAGAAAUGCAUGCUGUGUUACUUUGGGAAUAUUUUUGUGCUACUCUGCUUGCAUUGUUUUUUGUUUAUUACAUGGGCUAUCCUCGUGCAAUUUACGGUUGUAGAUAUUUGCUGUCUUUUAAAGUGCAAAAGAUUAACCUGAUGGAAGGUGACAGAAUUUUAACAAUAAAAUGGACCGUAAUGUA